CGAGAGUGAGAGAGAGAGGGGAGAAAUAGUGCAACAUGCAGCACAAUUAGUCUAAGAAGUCAGAAAGGGGAGGAGAGAGUGAUCAUUUUUAUAAACGGACACCCUCCUCCUGAAUUCUAAUACUUGGGACACUUAAGCAACACAGUCUAUGCAGUGGAUUUAUGGUUGCUGACAGAUUGCUUUGACCCAGACAUUGACAUAAAGGGGAAUAUUGGAUCUCAGGAGGGAAUGCACUAUACAGAGACACUGCUAAUCUGUACGUGAGUGGCAUGGCAUCAAAUCACAGCACUUUGCCCCAAGAUGGCUAUCUUCCUCAUUACCUCCAGGAUGAAGACCCCUUUGCAUCAAAACUCUCUAGGGAAGCUGACUUCGUAGCGGGAUUUUAUUUAACAAUAAUUGGGGUUCUUUCAACUUUUGGAAAUGGCUAUGUUCUUUUUAUGUCCAUAAAAAAGAAAAAGAAGUUAAGACCUGCUGAGAUAAUGACUGUCAAUUUAGCGGUGUGUGACUUGGGGAUUUCAGUUAUAGGAAAGCCAUUCACUAUCAUUUCCUUCUUCUCUCACCGAUGGGUGUUUGGCUGGAUGGGCUGCCGCUGGUAUGGAUGGGCCGGCUUCUUCUUUGGCUGUGGGAGCCUUAUCACUAUGACAGCUGUCAGCCUGGAUAGAUACCUAAAAAUCUGUCAUUUAACUUAUGGUACCUGGCUUAAGAGACGUCAUGCCUUUAUCUGUUUGACAAUAAUCUGGACGUACGCUAUGUUCUGGGCCACUGUGCCAUUUGCUGGUUUGGGGAACUAUGCUCCCGAGCCAUUUGGAACCUCGUGUACUCUGGAUUGGUGGCUGGCUCAGGCUUCCGUGGCUGGACAGGCAUUUAUUUUGAAUAUUCUUUUCUUCUGCCUCUUGCUCCCCACUGCAGUGAUUGUGUUUUCCUAUGUUAAAAUCAUUGCAAAAGUCAAGUCAUCCGCCAAAGAAGUUGCUCAUUAUGACACCAGGAUUCAAAACAGUCAUGUACUGGAAAUUAAAUUGACCAAGGUGGCAAUGUUGAUCUGCGCAGGAUUUCUAAUUGCCUGGAUCCCAUAUGCUGUGGUUUCAGUGUGGUCAGCUUUUGGACAGCCAGACUCAGUGCCCAUUCAUGUUUCAGUCAUACCAACCUUGCUUGCAAAGUCGGCAGCUAUGUACAACCCAAUUAUUUACCAGGUCAUUGAUUGUAAAUUUUCCUGUUGCCGUGCAUUGCAGAAGAAGAGCUCCUUCAAGAAAUCCAGGCUAUAUACAAUAUCUGGAAAUAGAGAGCCAACGGCAAUGAACGAAACACACCUGGAGGUGUAAAGGCAUAUGGACAGGUAUAUGGGAACAUGCCGACCAUUAUUUUCUUCUCAACUUCUUCCUUUGUAAAUAAGUUACAACACAAUGGCAGACUUAAUUCAGUAUAGCCUUUCCUCUGUAACCUACAUACCAUGUAAUUUUUCACCCUAACUGCAGUAUCAACAUUAGAGCUGGGCAAAUAGAAGAAGAAAAUAUAUGGAAUAUUAAUUAAUGAAUCAAACCUGUGAAUACACUUUGGCCGGAUACAUAGCCCUUUUUAUUUAUUUUCUGUGCAUAUUUAUCUGAAUGACUUUUUUUUCAUGGAAAGUGAAAAUCCCACAAGUACUCAUGUUCUGUAUUUGUAAUGCUACAUUGAAAUCACUUGAUUUCCCUUCUUCUGUUUAUCAAAGUUGUACAUUCAAGGAUCAGGAAUUAAUCACACACCACCAAGAGCCAAAAUCAAUGUGGGGCAUUUGUCAAUAACCCCUCUGGGUGAAAUGCAUUUGCAAAUGCAAUCUUGAAUCGUAAACACACUAAUUAAGGAAAGCAGAGUCUAUACCUGCAAGAUCCACACCCAAACAAAAAAGGGAUUAAAUUGGCCCAAUAGGUUAUUGGUACAAAUAGUUUGCUCAUCUCUAAUUACUAGGGAUGCUGGGUGAAAAUGCUGUGAGAUGCAAUGGAAAUACUGGUAAGCAGCAGAACGUGAAAUUUGUAAAACAGAUAGUCCAGCCUCCAACCCAUUCAGGGUUCUUAUACCCAUCCCUUAUGAUGGUGGUUUUAUACAUACAAUGGCAAACCACUCUCCCAAUCUUAACUGUAGUCUGCCACACAUAGCUUCUGCAGUAAUUAUUUACUGCAUCUUCUGUUUCUUUUCUGGAUUUACCAUUCAGAUAUAGACACCAUUACACAAACAGACACUGGGGCUAUGUCUACACAGCAGCAUUAUUUUGGAAUAACUAACUUUAUUCCGAAAUAACAAAG